GGUGAGUUGGAAAAGGGGGUGAAAUUUGAGAGAGGGGUACGUCAGUUGAUGACGCGAGGUUGCGAAGUGAGAAAGAUCUUGGAUGAUGCUUCCGUGGCCGCACAUUUUGAUGUUCCGAAACCUGCAGCAUCAACGGAAGCAGAAGUAAAGUGAGAAAAGGAACUUGUUCGCUUCCUCUUGGUUGGAUUCAACACAAUCCCAUUGGAUACCGCUCAAUGGGAAGCCAAUAGAAAAUACAAGAACUUCUCUUCUCUUCAACCUUUAGGUAAGAUAUUGACAGGCUCGGGCCACAUCCAUCAUCCAUCAGAUCGAUCAGACGUCCCCCACGCACCAUCAUAAAAAGAGCAAGAGAUCACAUUCCUCUCUGAAAGGGUACCAAUACAGCUACCCAUCGACCCACCCUCUUUUCCCAUUCCUUCCUUUUUUCUAUAGUAGUAUGAGACUGAGUGCUUCUGCCGUCGGAACCUUUUUGGUACUUGCUGCGACUUCUACAUUUCAAUCCGCCCAAGCAUUUACUGCCGUGAGAGGACCUUUGUCGACAACUGCUACUACAAGUGCUUCAAGUUCUGCCUUUUUGCCCACUUUCUCGGCGGUUCGACCACAAGCCAGUUCCUCUUCUUCUUCGACCAGCAGCUUGAGUAUGUCGUUCAGUGUGGGAAUUGUCGGUGCCACGGGAGCCGUCGGCAAGGAAAUUCGUCAAUGCCUGGAAAAGCGAGAGUUCCCAGUCUCCCAGUUGCGCAUUUUUGGAUCGGAACGAUCGGCGGGCAAGACCAUGCCCACCGAGAAAUAUGGAGAUAUCGAAGUGGAACUCUUUGAUGUGGCCAAGGCACGAGAAUGCGAUGUCGUCUUUCUCGCCGUCAGUGGAGACUUUGCGCUCGAGCAUGCUGAAGCUAUUUGUAAAGGAGAUGAUGGAGCCGUCGUCAUUGAUAACUCGUCUGCCUUUCGUUACAAACCCGAGAUCCCCUUGGUAGUACCGGAAAUCAAUGGAAAAGAAACCAAGAAAUCCAAAUUGAUUGCCAACCCCAACUGUACCACCGCCAUUGGUCUCAUGGCGAUCUGGCCUCUUAUUCAGAAAUUUGGUUGCAAACGUGUCAUUAUGAGUACGUACCAAGCUGCAUCGGGAGCUGGACAACCCGGAAUGGACGAACUACAGGAUGGCACCAGAGUCUACCUCGAAGGAGGAACGCCGGAAAAUUCCAUCUUUGCCUAUCCACUCCCCUUUAAUGUCAUUCCACAAAUUGACAAAUUCCAAGAGAACGGAUACACCAAGGAAGAAAUGAAAGUCACCUGGGAAACACGCAAGAUUUGUGGUUUGGCGGAUGAUUUCCCCGUUAGUUGUUCCGCCGUACGUAUUCCCACCAUUCGGGCCCACUCCGAAGUCAUCAUUAUGGAAACCGAAAAACCGGUAGAUAUCAAGGAAGCUCAAAAGGUACUCGACGAGGCACCCGGUGUCAAAUUGGUCGACAAUCCCGACGAACUCGCCUAUCCCAUGCCCAUUACCGCCACCGGACAGUACGAUGUCGAAGUCGGACGAUUGCGCAAAUCACUCGUCUUUGGUGAUUAUGGAAUCGAAUUCUUUGUCAGUGGUGAUCAACUGUUGCGUGGUGCCGCUCUCAAUGCCGUCUUGGUUGGGGAAGAAAUGGUCAGCAAUGGUUCCAUCAAGGAAAAGGCAACCGCCUAAGAAAGAAAACAACUGACACAUCACACAAUCACACACACACACACGCAAGUGCAUCCCGACAAUACACCUACCAUACUAGAUAAGAUAUUAUGAAGUCUACGUAAUUAUUGGAUUGAAUCAUUCG